GCACAAUCAGAGGAUCCUGAUGUAAACAUCGUUCGGCUAUUCCUUGAACUCCGUUCUAUUAGCUUUACAGCUACGCGACACCGAUUUUUCGACAAACCGACAACCUUGUCUUUCACUCUGUUCGCCUGUUGUUAUCUCUAGCCAUCUUCGCCUGAGAACAGAGUUCUUCAGAUGAGAGACAUUGAAGAACCAGCGAGCUCAUCGCCCUGAUCGCGUUGUCGAGUACGCUGUUCCUGUUUCUUCACACGAGAGAUCUUCACUCUCGUUUGAGGGAGAUGGAAGUCCGACUUCAGCCAGGAGACGAGGAAGGAUUAUCCGCGAGUCAAUUAUCCUCUGACGGUGAACAGACCUCAAUACACACCGAAUCAGGACCCAGUGGUGUCGUUCACUACUACUCGACCAUCAAUCAGAAGUUAACAGAAUCGUACGACGACAUGGAGGUCCUCGACAUCGACGCGUUGAACAACACUCGAAGGGCCACCAAGCAGGUGAUAUUCUUCAACCGGGUACCGAAAGUCGGUUCCCAAUCGUUCAUGGAACUACUUAGAAGGCUCUCCGUGUUCAACAGGUUCUUCUUCAAUCGGGACAGGGUUCAGAGGGUCGAAACCAUUCGCCUAGCUCCAAUCGAACAGCUCCAACUGGCCACAAUGGUUUCCGGUUACGCUGAACCUUCCGUCUACAUCAAGCACGUUUGUUUCACGAAUUUUACCGAAUUCAAUUUGCCGGAACCAAUUUACGUAAACUUGGUGCGAGACCCAGUCGAGCGUGUAAUUUCCUGGUACUACUACGUCAGGGCUCCGUGGUACUACGUCGAACGGAAGCAGAUAUUUCCCGACCUGCCUUUGCCCGAUCCGAAUUGGCUGAAGAAGGACUUCGAGUCCUGCGUCCUGGAGGGCGACAGAGAGUGUCGAUACCUGGAGGGCGAGAUCCACGAGGGCAUCGGUGACCACCGACGGCAGACCCUCUUCUUUUGCGGCCACAGCGAUAAAUGCAGACCAUUCAACACGGUGGGUGCUUUGGAAAGGGCUAAACUGGCCGUUGAAAAACAUUACGCGGUCGUCGGCAUUCUUGAGGAUAUAAACAGCACUUUGACGGUACUAGAAAAUUAUAUACCGAAAUUUUUCCGUGGAGCAACAGACGUCUACUGGGAUGAAGUCAACUCAUUCACGAAGAUAAAUCGGAAUUUUUUCAAACCACCGGUUAGCGAAGAGGUAAAGGAUCUGGUGCGAAAGAAUUUCACGAGAGAAAUCGAGUUCUAUCAAUUCUGUCGACAACGACUUUACAAACAGCUCAGAGCCCUGAGGUUAACUAAUUUGCCGAAUCAAAUCGACAACACUCUUUAAGGAUAUUAUUUUGAUGAAUAAUAAGGGGGCUGUUCUCAAUUUUUCUGUCCACAUAUCGAGUGAAAACGAUUACAUUUUACGGGUGAAUCGUGACAGAAAAUUGCAGGGCAAUCUUUUGCUUUUUCCUUCCUCGAGUGUAUAAGCAAAGACAAAGAGGAAGAGAAAAAUAUCACAGACAAUAAUUAUUUUCCAGACGGUAAAAAUUUUCGGUUGCCUCGUCGAUUAAUAAUAAUAAAAUAUUGUGAUUGUGAAACGUUAUCACGUUUAGCAUUGUAGGCUUUAUAGGUAUAUUGUAGAAUUUUAUUUGUAUAAUAGUCUUUAAUUGAAUUUGCGGAUAAAAAUGUGCGGCAGCAUUUUCAAUUUAUAUAGAUAUUAAAAAAUCAAGCGGACCAAUCUGCGUUUGCAUUAUGAAUACGAUAUGAUUGAAUGUAUGCGUGUGUGAUUAUGUAAAGUAUUGAUAUAUAGUAUAUUUAGACCGCAAACUCGUGGGCAGCUAUACCUAUAAAUAUUAUAAUAUCUUUUAUAAUCUUGAUGAAAAGUAAAUUUAUAUGAAAAUUUGCAACGAUAAAUGGUUAAAUUUCGAUGCAAGCAAAGCGUUAAUAAUAACAAUUAUAUUUUGCGGAAGAUCGGACAAAUUUUUUAUAAAUCAAAAGAUAGAUUUCGUCCGGUGUAUUUUCUGCUUAUCCUAGAUAUGUUUAUUUAUUAUCUAAUAUACUUUUAUUCCAGAAUAAAUUUCGUAUUCAAGAAGUUGGCAAUGAGAAUAUAACGAAAGAAAUAAUAAAUAAGUAAAUCGCUGAAUAUAUUCGUGGUAGAAAUUUCUGAACUGAAGAAUAUGAAGGUUCCAAUAAUUGAGUAUUCAAAAUUUGAAAAUUUGUAAGACCAAAAGGUUAAAAUGAAUUCAAAAAAUACACACUCUAUGAAACGGUAUUUACGUACUUAUAUUACUAUAUCGGUGUAGUUUGAAUUAUUGUUUAGUGUAUCGGACUAUACUGCGUGAGUAAAAAUUGUAUACCUACUAA